AUUUGUGUCAUCUUUGAAUAAUAUUAUUUUUUUCUUCCUGUUUCACUCCAUACAACUUCUAGAACGUGCAGGUCGCAAUCAAAAUAACACAACUGCUAUGAAUAUUAAACUACGAUCAGACUAUAUACCAUUAAAAAAGGUUCCCAACUAUAAAUUCUGCUCUGCGAAAAGAUUUGAAUAUGAAUCUGCUGGAUUUUGUUGUAGCAACGGUAUAAUUAAGAUAAUUUUACAUCGAAUGCCCGCUAAGCUACAUGAUCUAUAUUUCGAGAAUAAUGAAAAAUCCCAACACUUUCGGACAUACAUCAGAACGUAUAAUAAUUCGUUUUCAUUUACAUCACUUGGUGUAAACUAUGAUAUAGACUUAGCGAGAAGGACUCGUGAUAUCUAUACUUUCAGAGUUCAAGGACAAAUGUAUCACCUAAUAGACGAUUUGUAUCUCGGAGAAAAAGAAAUCAAAAAAUCUACAACUAUACUUUUAUGACAACAACAAUGAGUUAGCAAAUAGAAUGGCAUACUCUAACAAAAUUAAUGAAUCUAUAGUGAGAGAGCUAAUAGAUAUAUUGAGAAUUAACCCAUACUCCUUUUUUAUCCGAUCUUUGAUAGAUAUUCCCGAGCUACAAAACUUUCAUAUUGGACUCAAAUGUGAUCCUGGUUUAGAUCAACGAGUAUAUAAUUUGCCAACUUCAUCAGAAGUUGCUGCAAUAUGGGUUGAGAACAAUGACAAUAGUAUAAAUCAUGCACCACAUAUUCAAAUUUACACUCAGAGCAAAAAAACACAAAUAGUGAACUACUAUUAUGGAUGUUAUGACGCCUUGCAAUAUCCUUUGUUGUUUCCAUAUGGGCGAAAUGGGUGGCAUUAUGGUAUUAAGAAAAUUCCUAAACCAAAAAAUAUUCGUGGAAGUUAUACUCAUGAAUGUCAACAGUUGUCGAGCAUACAAAAUCUUUGCUCUCUUGAUUCAUAUCUUCAAAUGGAAUCUCAAACUUUAGAAAAUGGAAAGAAAAAAAAAGAUACAGUUUCUGCUCGUGAAUAUUACUGUUAUAAACUUCAAUUGAGAAAUGAUGAUGAAGAUGCGUUGCUACAUACUGGUAGACUAUUUCAGCAAUAUUCAGUUGACGAAUAUAUAAAAAUUGAAACCCAAAGAUUGGAUUUUGCUUCGUUUAACCAAGAUUUAUUUAGGAUGGAUAUACUGCAAGGAUUUCUAGAUAUUUUAAGAUUUGGAGAACGAGAUUCUUCUAAUAUUGGCAAGCAAAAAUUCCUUUCAGCUUCCUUUAUAGGUGGACCUAGAGAUAUGCGACAACGAUAUAUGGAUGCUAUUGCCUUAGUACGAUGUUUUGGUAAACCAGACUUGUUUAUAACUAUGAUCUGUAAUCUAACUUGGACGGAAAUAAAAGAGUAUCUAUGGACUAUUGAUGAAGCACAAAAUAGACCUGAUUUGAUUAGUCGAGUAUUCAGAGCUAAAGUUGAAGAACUGAAAACAUAUAUAAGCAAGAGAAAUAUCUUUGGAAAAAUUGUUGCUUUCAUGUAUACUGUUGAAUUCCAAAAAAGAGGUUGACCACACACUCAUUUUCUUAUAAUAUUAGCUAAUGAAUAUAAGUUAUUGACAUCAGAGGCUUAUGAUGGAAUUAUUAGUGCUGAAUUAUCAGAUGCUAAUUUGGAUAAAAAGUUACGUUCACUUGUUCUUAAACAUAUGAUGCAUGGUCCGUGUGGUAAUUUGAAUCCAACAAAUUCAUGUAUGAAAAAGAAUGGUCUUUGUAAAUUUAAUUAUCCAAAAAGUUUUGCUGAACAAACAGCAAAAGGAAGUGAUUCUUAUCCCAUCUAUAAAAGACGAAACACAGGAGAAGUUGUAAAAGUACGGGAGCAAUAUUUAGAUAACUCUUGGGUUGUUCCAUAUAAUCCUUUUUUACUUGGUAAAUUCAACUGUCAUAUGAACGUUGAGGUUUGCUCUGACAUAAAGGUUGUUAAAUAUAUUUACAAAUAUAUUUGUAAAGGACAUGACAAAAUUGCAUUUUAUGUACAUAAUAAUGAUACAAACAAAGAAAUAGAUGAAAUAAAAGAGUAUCAAUCUGCUAGAUGGGUAUCACCACCUGAAGCUGUAUGGCGUUUAUUUGGUUUCUCUAUUAGUGAGAUGUAUCCAAGCGUUUAUCAUCUUCAAGUACAUCUUAAAGAGCAACAAUUUGUUUUUUUUAAAGGCAAUACAGAUAUAAACACAAUCGUUAAUAAUCCAAUGAUUAAAAAAAUAAUGUUGACAGAAUUUUUUCAGAUGAACAGAAGUAACAAAGAUGCCAUAAAGCUUAACUUAUUGUACAAAGAAUUUCCUGAACAUUUUGUAUGGUCAACAACAGACAAAACAUGGAUACGUCGACAACAACGUUGUGCCAUUGGUCAUAUCGUAACGUGUCACCCAACUGAAGGAGAACGAUAUUAUCUGAGACUACUAUUGCUGAAUGUGAGGGGACCGAAAUAAUAUAAUGAUCUUCGAACUAUAAAUGGGGAAUAUUAUAAUACUUUUAGAGAAUCCUUAGAAAAAAGGGGACUUUACACUGUGAUAACAGUUUAAUUGAUUGCAUGUCAGAGGCAGCAAGUUAUCAAAUGUCAUAUAGUUUAAGGCGUUUAUUUGCUACAUUAUUGGUGUAUUGCAAUCCAGCCAAUCCAAAAGAAAUAUGGAAACAAUUUGAAGAGUCAAUGUUAGAAGAUUACAGAGUGUUACCUAAUGUUGAAAGAAAAGAUAUUCAAUAUCAAGUUUUAAAUCAGAUUAAUGAUGUUUUACACUCUAUGGGUCAUAAUGUAAACGAAUAUGAGCUUAUCCCAGAAUCAGUUCGACCAUCUAUAUUGGAAAAAGAAGCAAAUGAGGUAUUCUUUAAAAGAAUCAUCACGGUUAGUGAAGAGGAUAUACUGUUACAUAAAAAACUGAACACAAAACAAUUGAAAGCAUACAAUGUGAUUAUUGACCGAGUAUUUUCCAAGAAACCAGGAGCUUUUUUUUAUUGAUGGCCCUGGAGGAACUGGAAAAACUUUCUUAUGUCGUGCUUUAUUAGCAAUUGUACGUAGUAAAGGAUACAUAGCUCUAGCAACUGCUACUUCCGGCGUUGCUGCUUCUAUUCUUCCAGGUGGGCGAACUGCUAAUUCACGUUUUAAAAUACCUAUAGAUAUUGAUGAAAAUUUCAGCUGCAACAUCAGCAAACAAAGUUCAGCUGCAUGUCUGAUUCGUGAUGCAAAAUUAAUUGUAUGGGAUGAAGUAUCUAUGGCUAAAAAAAGAAUCUUGAUGUUUUUGACUUGUUCUUAAAAGAUCUUAUGGAUACAAAAAUUCUAUUUGGGGGAAAAGUUGUUGUUUUUGGAGGUGACUUUAAACAAACUCUUCCAGUUGUUCGAAACGGAAAAAAAGAAGAUUUUGUUAGUGAAAGUUUGCUAUAUUCUACCAUUUGGGACGAACUUAAAAAAUUGCAACUGUCCGAAAACAUGAGGGCAUAAACAGAUCCUGCUUUUUGUGAUUACCUUAUGAAAAUUGGAAAUGGACAAGAGAGGGUCAACACUAAUAACAAAAUUGAACUUCCAGAUUCUAUGAUUAUUCCUUUUACAACUGAAGAAGAAUCUCUGGACCAUUUAUUCGCUGUGACAUUCUCAAAUGUACACACAUGCUCCUCUAAUCCUUUUUUUUUUUUACAGAUUCUCGUGUUGUUCUGACAACGAAAAAUGAUUUUGUGAAUGAAAUCAAUGAUAUUAUUAUAGCAAAAUUUCCAGAAAAAGUAACUACAUUUGUUGGCUUUGACGAAACCGUUGAGCCUAAUGAUCAAAGUCAAUUUGAAGACCUAUUACACAGUUUAAAUCCGGCUGGUUUACCUCCUUACAAAUUAACUUUAAAGGAGAAUUGCCCCUUUAUAUUGCUGUGUAAUUUGAAUCCGUAUGAAGGUUUAUGCAAUGGUACACGAUUGAUAUGUUGUGACAUUAAGACAAAUGUUAUCAGUGCUAAGAUUGCGACAGGCGAUUUUAAAAAUAAGCACGUAUUUAUCCCAAGAAUACCAUUAUUAUCGUAACAGGACGAAAGAAUACCAGUUCAAUUUAAGAGAACACAAUUCCCAGUAAGAUUAUGCUAUGCUAUGACUAUAAAUAAAGCGCAAGGUCAAACUCUGAAUUUCGUCGGAAUAUAUUUGCGAAAACCUGUUUUUUCACACAGUCAACUUUAUGUUGCCUUAUCGAGAGCAAAGAGUUCAAGUUGCGUUAAAGUACUGGUCCGACCGUCCACACUAGCCAACCGUGAUGAUCAUUCUACAUACAACAUUGUUUAUGACAAAAUCAUCCAAAUAGCGUCCUUGAGGCUUGAACCAACUUCCAAUGUACAUUCUAUUUGAGAAUGCUAUAGAGACCAUGCGCUUUUAACAGUUUGAUUCUGAACCAUAUGUUUUGCUCCUGCCAUUACGAAGGCAACAUAUCUCUACAACAUGCUAUCAAAUGAAGGUUCAUAUACUGUUCUUAUUUCAGAUCUUUGUAAUCAUAUUUGGAUGUACUUUUCGACUUAAAGGUAAUUUUUUCCGUGUUACUCUAAUUUUCAUACUGCUAUGACUAAAAAUAAGGUUUACUUUGUAAAUUGGGGUUCUUGUUAGCGGGAUUAUGGCUGUGAAUUUUUCUGUAUUGAUUGUUGAUCAGUGGGUUCCCACUGAAUUUGGUGUUUGGAUUACUGAUUAAAGUAGUUGUAUUGCUGGUGUUUGUUUAAAUUAGGCUUAAUACCCAUACCAGUACCAUCAACGAAUUGAGAUCGAGAAGCCAUUGAUCUCAACCAAAAAAUUUUCAUGUAGGAUGAAACUAAUCGAAUGAGCAAAAGAAGAAGAAAGAAAUACAAAACUACAAAAUUGAAGUGGAAGAGGAUAGAAAAGAAGUAUGAACAGAAUCCAUGAAUGUAGAAUCUGGUCCCAAUGUAUUUGUCGAAGACCACAACAAAUGAGGCUGACAACUACAUACCUUGGUUGGCCUUCAAGUCGAUGCAUCAUGUUUCAUUAAUAUGUGAACAAUUAGUAAAUAGGUAUCUUGUAAACCUCUGGACAUAUAGUAAAACUUGAUACUUUAGUGGAUAGUACCAAGAGGUAUUAAAGGAAUCUUGGUGUAUUUGCAUUUGUGCUGGUGAUCUCUUGCUUUAGGAUUCUAAGAAUAUUCUAUUGAUUCACUAUAUGCAAUGUAGUUAUGCCUCAUAGGGACUUGCUCAUUUUUAUGAAUGCAAAGAGGGACGAUAAUCUUAUGGUA